AUGGUGGUUGGUGUGGUCUGUGUCGCCACCACCGUUGCUUGUUCCCCUAAUUACUUCAUGUAUAGUACACAGGCCCAAGAAAAUAGGACAGGUUACUGGAUUGAUAACAACGACUUCAUAUCAGCGGAAUUCAAAAAUUUUAACUUCUGGCUAUUCGGACUUGUCGCUAAGAUAAUACCCUGUUUAUUGCUGACGUCACUGAGUAGUCUACUGAUACAUCGCAUGCGAUUGGUCAAUCUAAGGAGACGUAGCCUGGUCAGUGUGCCGCAAACAUCGCAGACACCGCAGCUGCAACAAGAUAUACCGCAAGAUAUACCACAAAAAAUAGCACAGAUACCGCAACAGUUAACGCAACAGGUACCGCAACAGGUACUGCAACCGGUACUGCAACAGGAAAUACCACAGAUACCGCAACAGGUACCGCAACAGAUACCGCAACAGAUACCCAAUGAUAUAUUCCAAGAGAUAUCACAGAUACCUAUCUCCUCAAAUAGUAUUAUACCAAAUGUUAGUAGCGUCAACACGACAAUCGCUACUCUUGCAACCACUAGUGCACACACAAGCGCUACAACUUUUAAUCUUAAUAUUAUGAUUGAUAGUGACACUCUUUGUCCUAGCGAUACUUUCUCUUCAAAAAGAAGUAACGAUGGCAAUGUGGCUGGCUCAAGUGAGGCUGGAGCACAGAGCAACAGCCAUACAGAUGACUCACUAAGCUUCUUAGUUGUAUCGGCUAAUACUAGUUCAUCUACAACUACAGCAAUGACUACCACAAAUGUUACUGCCACACAAACUACAGCCACCACAGCAGUUACUUCUCCAGCCACUACUACCAGUUGUUCCGAUGUUAUCAGCUCUGAUGCAAAUCUUCACUGUGGGAGGUUGCGUGAUAGCGUGUAUCGAAAUUAUAAAAGUAUCAACAACGGCGACAGCAAUCCCAACAGCAACAACAACAACAACCAUGACAACAACAACAACCAUGACAACAACAACAACCAUGACAACAACAACAACCAUGACAACAACAACAACCAUAACAACAACAACAACCAUGAUAACAACAACUACGACAACCAUGACAACAACAAACAAACAAAAAAAUGCAGCAGCAACAACGACAACAAAAAUAACUCUAAUAAUCGAAACAGCGAAACCGCACCCAAGACGUUAAUCGUCUCAAUUAGCAACAAACUCUCGCGCGGAACUACCCACAGAAGUACUUACAUUUCAAAAAUAACCAGUUCAAAAAACUCUUUUAAAACGACGAACAAUGCCGAGUUUAACAACAACGCUAAAAACAAAACUUCAAAAGAUGCACUCAGCACGAAACGCUUCCUAAGAAGCGGCAGGAAGACGUGGAGAGCGACAAAGAUUCAUCUGAAGUCGACGCAGAACGUGUACGUGAGCGAACGUAACAGGGAGCACCAACGAACCACCAUCAUGCUUCUGUCUGUCCUCUUCUCCACCGUGCUCACUGAGUUACCUCAAGGUGAUGAAGAUGAGGAUGGCUUGUUAGCUCUUUGGUCAGGGUUUGACCAGAGGAUAUUUGACGAGUGUUACGUGCCACUGGGAGACAUCUGGGACCUCCUGGUCCUCAUCAACAGCGCCGUCAACUUUCUACUCUACUGCCUUAUGGGUAGACAGUUCAGGAAGACUUUCUUGGAAACAUACACGUACAAGCGGGGUUGCAUGAACGCUGCUUAUGAGCGAAGCCUUUUAUGGACUACGUCCGUCUUUUAUGAAAUUAAAUAA